UGACAAUUACCCUCCCUCCCGUUGGUAGAUAUAAUUUCCAAAUUGUGCCACAACACAUUCAAUUUUUUUCUGUUCUACCUUUCUUGCUUUAGGGUUUACCAUAUACAUAUAUAUCACGAAGGCCUUUCUGCAAGUUGGAUCAUAAUAAAUAAAGUGAUUUACGAGCCUCUAUCGAUCAGUUGGGCUGUUGCUGUUGGCAGCUUUUGUUUAAAAUCGAUCAGAUAGGAAGGAAGCAUGUUUUUGGUGGAUUGGUUUUAUGGAGUAUUGGCAUCGUUAGGUCUAUGGCAAAAGGAGGCUAAAAUCUUGUUUCUAGGGCUGGAUAAUGCCGGAAAAACUACUUUGCUUCAUAUGUUGAAAGACGAGAGGCUGGUUCAACAUCAGCCAACACAGUAUCCGACAUCUGAAGAACUCAGCAUUGGGAAAAUUAAGUUUAAAGCUUUUGAUUUGGGAGGUCAUCAGAUCGCUCGCAGGGUCUGGAAAGAUUACUACGCCAAGGUGGAUGCUGUUGUUUACCUAGUGGAUGCGUACGACAAAGAGCGAUUUGCAGAGUCAAAGAAAGAACUAGACGCCCUGCUGUCAGAUGAAUCUUUGGCAACAGUACCUUUCUUGAUUUUAGGCAACAAGAUUGACAUCGUAUAUGCAGCCUCGGAAGACGAGUUACUUUAUCACAUGGGGCUCACCGGGCUCACUACAGGUAAAGGCAAGGUCAACUUGGAAAACUCAGGCGUUAGGCCUAUUGAGGUAUUCAUGUGUAGCAUUGUCAGGAAAAUGGGUUAUGGUGAUGGCUUUAAGUGGGUUUCUCAGUAUAUCAAGUAGGAAAUCAAAACAUCACAAGGAAUUUGGUUGCUUUUUACAAAAAUGUUCUUACUUGAUUGUAUGCAUAUAUAUAUGCUUUGUGUUUUUUUGGUUUGUGGGUCAUUAACUAGUAAUUUUAGUUUGGUGGGUGGUUCAUUUGUACUUUUGGAAUGCUUUCUUUGUAAGUGGAGAGUGAUAUUUUCAAUUGGAUUGUUGUGGUGAACAAAUUGAGGCUUCCUUUAAAUGUGA